AUAAAAAAAAACGAGUAAUUAAGAGUCUGGUUAGUAGUAUCAACGAGAGAAUCUUUUGGACUCGAUCAAAAACCUCAGAACGUUGAAGUCAAAAAUCUCUUACAUAACUUCUCAGAUUUCGUUUAGUUUCGUUGUUUCUUUCGCUUCUUCAAGUUCUGUCUCUAUCCCCAAAAUGGGCGAGACCGGUAGACACAAAUGGUUCUCUUUUCACCACCACCGUUCAGCCUCCGCCACGUCUAUGCCUCAGCAAACCAACAACCCCGGCGAAACCCCAACGGAGUUCCUCUGUCCCAUCACCGGGUUUUUAAUGUCGGAUCCCGUAGUCGUCGCUUCGGGUCAAACCUUCGAGCGUGUCUCCGUCCAAGUUUGCCGUAACCUCGGGUUUGCUCCGAAGCUUCACGACGGUACUCAACCCGAUUUAUCAACCGUAAUCCCAAACCUCGCCAUGAGAUCAACGAUUCUCAGCUACUGCGAUAGAAACAAAAUGGACCACCCUCGUCCUCCUGAUUACGCUUACGUCGAAGGUGUUGUUCGUACCCGUAUGGAUACCGUUUCGGGUUCGGGUCCGGGUCAUCGGAUCUCUAAAUCGGAAAUUUUACCACCGCUGGCUGAGAAUUCGAAUUCCAAUUCGGAUUAUGAUUCUGUGAUGGGAGCGAUUCGAUCUCGUUCAAGAAAAGCAACUCUUCCAUUUCACCAAACCCGACCCAUUAAUCACUCGACGACCCGGAAUCCUACCUCGUUCUCUUCAUCGGAUUACUCAACGUUUCCUCCGAUGUCACCGGAAGAAGAAGAGAUCUACAACAAAUUAAGCAGUGUAGACACGAUCGAUCACGAGCAAGGUCUGAUUCAGCUAAGGAAGACGACGAGAUCAAACGAGAGCACGAGAAUCUCGCUCUGUACUGAUCGGAUCCUCUCGUUACUCCGAUCUUUGAUAGUUUCACGGUACAACGUCGUGCAGACGAACGCCGCCGCGUCGUUGGUCAACCUCUCGUUGGAGAAACCUAACAAAUUGAAAAUCGUACGGUCAGGAUUCGUUCCUCUCCUGAUCGAUGUUUUGAAAUCGGGAUCGACUGAGGCGCAAGAGCAUGUGAUCGGAGCUUUGUUUAGUUUAGCUGUUGAGGAAGAGAACAAGAUGGUGAUCGGAGUUCUCGGUGCGGUUGAGCCGCUUCUUCACGCGCUUCGAUCGUCGGAGAGUGAGAGAGCGCGUCAAGACGCGGCGCUCGCGCUUUAUCAUCUGUCGUUGAUUCCUAAUAACCGGAAUAGGUUGGUUAAAGCCGGUGCGGUGCCGGUUAUGUUGUCUAUGAUUAGAACCGGUGAAUCUGCGAGUAGGAUACUUUUGUUACUAUGUAACGUAGCAGCUUGCCCGGAAGGGAAAGGAGCUAUGCUUGACGGGAAUGCGGUGGCGAUAUUGGUUGGGAAACUGCGAGAAAGUGGUGGUGGAGGAGCUGAGGCAGAGGUGGCGGCGGCGCGUGAGAAUUGCGUGGGGGCUUUGUUGACGUUGAGUGUUGGGAAUAUGAGGUUUAGAGGAUUGGCGAGUGAGGCGGGUUUGGAGGAGGUUUUGACGGAGAUUGUGGAGAGCGAGAGCGGAAGCGGGAGGUUGAAGGAGAAGGCGGGGAAGAUUCUGCAGACAAUGAGAGGCGGAGAUAGGGAGUUUGGUGAAGGUGCGGAGGCGCGUGAGUGGAACAAGAUGUUGGAAGCGAGUGGGCUAAGCCGGUCUCAGUUUCAACAAGGAGGGCAAAAAGGGGGUUUUGCUUACUCCUCUCAAUUUUAGCUCUAUUCAAUUAUUUUAUUUUAUUUUCUUGUUGGUAAAAAAAGUAAAAACAAUUUCUCAAAGUUUUUUUGUUUUUGUUUUUUUUAACUCUUUGUAAUGUUUUUUUCUUUUCCUAGUGACCAUAAUUUUUGGGAGUGAAUUUGUAUUUUUAGUCUUCUUUGACUUGUCUCUUUUCUAAUGAAACGACAAAAAAAGUUACAAUGUUCGUUAAGGGUUUGUAUUAGAGUUGCUCGUGUUUCAUGUGUGA